CGAGCUGCUCGUACUGUCAGCUCAUUCUCGAACAAUUUCACAACACACGAAACCAAAGCAAAGCGUUGGACGGACGUGCCGCGGCGAUCAUGUUGUCGUGCGUCUAGCGAAAUUAACGUCUCCUUGUGUGCAUAAUGUGAUUUAAUGUGACUACGAAUCAAGAAUGCCGAUACAGGCUCCACAGUGGACGGAAUUUCUAACAUGUCCCGUGUGCGUCAACGAGUUCGACGGCACGCUGCGAGCACCCAUCUCAUUGGGCUGCAGCCACACGGUGUGCCGGGCGUGCCUCUCAAACCUCCACCGCAAGCAAUGCCCAUUUGAUCAGACCAACAUUAACAUCGAGAUUGAAUCACUUCCUGUCAACACAGCUCUACUUCAACUUGUCGGCGCUGCAGCGGGAACUGUUCGCAAUGAGGAAGAGAUUGAAGCCAAAAUCGUCCCGAGAGAUCAACUGCAAUUCUAUGAGGCGUCGAAGAAGUGCAUUGAAGAACUCGCACUUUACCUCAAACCACUUUCAAACUCACCGGGGACGAAUGGCAACUGCAAUGGCACAACCUGUACUAAUCUACUCAGCAGGCCAAUGCAACGUAAAUUGGUGACUUUAGUCAAUUGUCAACUUGUUGAAGAUGAAGGCCGUACUCGCGCGAUGCGCGCGGCGAGAUCCCUAGGCGAACGUACUGUUACCGAAUUAAUUCUACAACAUCAGAAUCCACAACAAUUAUCGGCUAAUCUAUGGGCGGCUGUACGAGCUCGAGGAUGUCAAUUUCUAGGUCCUGCUAUGCAGGAAGAGGUCUUAAAGUUAGUCCUCUUGGCGCUGGAAGAUGGCUCAGCAUUAUCCAGGAAGGUUCUGGUGAUGUUUGUUGUACAACGUUUGGAGCCACACUUUCCCCAAGCAUCGAAAACUAGUAUCGGGCACGUUGUGCAGUUGUUGUACAGAGCGUCGUGUUUUAAAGUGUCUAAGAGGGAAGGUGAUUCAUCGUUGAUGCAGCUGAAGGAAGAAUUUAGGACGUACGAGGCGCUGAGGAGGGAACAUGAUGCGCAGAUUGUGCAGAUUGCGACUGAGGCUGGGUUGAGGAUUGCGCCUGAUCAAUGGUCGGCGUUAUUGUACGGCGAUACAACGCAUAAGAGUCACAUGCAGAGUAUUAUUGAUAAACUGCAAACACCGCAGUCUUUUGCUCAAAGCGUGCAGGAGUUGGUAAUUGCGCUGCAGAGGACGGGGGAUCCAGGGAAGUUGUCCGUGUUGAGGCAGCAUUUGGAUUUGUUGGCUUCGAUUGACUUAACAUCAGAAUCAGCAAGUCCAAGUUGGAAAGAAUGUGCAGAAGUUCUCGAUGCAGGCAGACAAGUAGUCGCUGGUUUAGUUGACUUCAUUCACCAGCACGGUUCGCGAAAACUGCAAGAUCCCGGCCAUUCGCCGCACUCCAAAUACAAAAUAAGCAUGUGUCGUGAUUUAACCCUUCGUGGUUCAUGUCCACGCGGCACCAACUGCACAUUUGCCCACAGCGCUGACGAACUCGAGAAAUAUCGCGCUAAAAACCGCCAGCGCUCCGGCGGCAGCAGCGGGCGCCGAAGUGACUCCGCCCGCGAUAGCCACUCACCUAAUGUCUACAUCCACUCUUCUCCGCAACCUCCGCAGCCAGCAGCCGAAGAGGCUUAUUAUACAGUUACACCCAAUGUGAACAUCUCGCCAAUGUCAGUGAGGUACCAUGUUCCUACUGCUUUGCCCACUACGGUGCACCAUACUGCAUACGAAAGCAUGUACUAUCCGUCAAAUGGUAACUUUUCCACCACGCAACCUCUGUAUGCUACGGAAUUGUAUCCGGCUGAGAUGUAUUCUCCUGCACCGCACAAUGUGCAAUUCUUCCCAACGACUACCUCGGAUUAUCCGAUUUCAUCGCAGAUGCGGUCUACGGUUCCUCCGAUUGUUGCAAAUGACGGGAAACAAAGAGAAAAGAAACCUCCAAGGGGAACUAAAAGUCUUGCCGAGCUGCAACAGCGAAAGCAGGAGGUUAUUUCACAGCUUGAGAAGGUGGUUGGCAAGAAUAAAGCUACAGCGAUUAGUAACACAGCUACGAAUAAUGCAAGGCAAGAGCACGAGAUGGAGAACAGCGGUAGUCCGUUCAAUUUCAACACUAGCAUCUCACAUAGUGGGCCUACAUUUGUCCGAUCAGACUCAAUCCUUACGGAUGACGAUUAUGUUCCUUACGAUGGCGGUAACACCGCUGGAAAAUACGGCCCGAUUUCAAGGAUGCCCAAGGAUAACAUGUGCAUGCCUUCGAAUGUUUCCAUGAGUCAAUUUAGAGAUCCUAAUAUGGUUCGACGUCCAGUAUCCGCUGCAUCGCCUGGACAAGGCGGACAAUGGUGUUACGCUACGCAUAAUGGCGAUAACAUUAUGAUUGUUUCGCAACCGAUGCACUAUCAGCGCAUGCAGGAUCCGCAAAAAGUGAUAGCUGAAUCGCAACGUGUUAAGAUGCAACUCAGGAACCUAGAGCGCCAGCUGAAUGACCUCAAGAUGGUCACCCAAGGUGGUGUGCCCACACUCAGCGAAGGAGAUCGCCUUACACAAGAACUACAGCUCAUUGAGCAAGGCAUUCAGGAAAAACACAAGGAAGCACGACUUAAUCGAAUUGUGUCUUCAUUUAAUACGAGCAUCGCGGAGAACUACACUGACAACGCGACGUAUGAAGAAGACAUAGCAAACGACAUGCGUGCGCUGGAGCUACGAUGGCAAGAGGAACUCGAAGAGCAAGAGAAGCGCUGGAGCAGCGAAGAUGAUAAGUAAUUGUCGCAUGUAAACACGAAACUAAUGUAAGAUAAGCGUGGUAAGCGUAUACCAAGAAAAGUAACGGAACGAAUUUUGCGUUGACGCGAGGUAAUAAUGCAUGGAGGUAUAAACCCAAUGGGUUUGCUGUUAGUACAAUGAUUGUUUGUUUUGUUCAAAUUUAGGCGAGACGGUGAUUGUUUGCGCGACUGCGAUAGGAAAGUUGAAAUUUUAUUAUUCACAUGGUGCUAGAGAGCUAGAGCUAUUUUAUUUAUUCGUGGACUUGACUUCAGGUUUUCAAGUUUUCAGUUUUGGGCCAAGGCUGGUGUUGUUGAUUAGAACGUUUUUAAAACAAGUUUUACGCGUGGCACUUGGCGACGAGGUUCCAGUUUUAUUGGAAAUGAACUAAAAGUUUGCGUUGCAAAUGAGGUGUCAUUGUUUUUGCAUGAUUUUUGAGGCUUUCGAUGUUAUGUACACAUGUUAACAAGAGUGAUCACUACUAGUACCAGUGACUUGAAGCAGUUGAAACAAAGUUUAGUCAAACACAUUGACAUACAUCACGUGGGCCUUACUGUAAAAACGUAGAGAAUUUAUUUAAACUUGAAAUGUCGAAAUGCGAAGCGACGUAGAAAUGAUUAUUAUUCAUAUAUUAACUGAAUUAUUGCUGACGGUGGCGAUGAUGCGUGAAAGAUUAAAGAUAAAUUUAUUAUAUAACAUAUAUGAAUAUAUAUAUAUAAUAUAUAUCUAUAACGUAUAUCUAUUAUGAAGUAAUCAUAUAAUCAUACUGUGUGUGAUUGGGGUAUAUCAAUGUUAUCAGUUGAUGGAAAAGCCGAGGCAGAGCAGGAAGCUAUGCAACAAAAAAAUAAUUGAUUGAAACACUAAUGACUAACUUGACAUCUAUAAUCUUAACAUUAAUUAAGCUAAUCUUUUUGUAUUCAUCGUGAGACAGACGCGCAUUCUUCGAUGUUGUGUAAUGCAUACCUAUAUUUAUAUCAAAAUAGUUGCAGGAGUUUGCAAAAAUGUUUACGAAUCGUUGUGCAAUCAAAAGUUUUAAAAACGCAUAUUGAAAUCUUACGAAAUUGACAAUACAAAGAUGAUGUGUAACUAUAUAACUAUUUUUUUCUGACAGUUAGCAGCAUAACUUAACUAAAUUUUACUACUUUGACUGUUGUAGUAUCUUUUUCUGAAAUAAUUGAUACCACUCUGUGAGUAAUCAUAUAAAAUGCAACUGUAAAAUACUUGGUUUGAUUCCGUUGAUUGCUCUAAGAGUUUUCAAGCGAACUGAUGAUGUAUUAUAUUGUACGAAUUGAAGCGAUAUCGGUAGUUGCAUAAAACAAAGUAACAUAAUAAUUGAAAUUGGAUACAGUUACAAAUAGCAUUGAUUACAGUGGUACAACUAAUGAGAUGACAUUCUAAUGAUUCAAACUGAUAUUAUACUGAUUAUAUUAAUCGAAACAUUUGUAUAUUUGGGUGGAAGUAUAUAUUUCAAAUAUAUUAUAUCUAUAUAUUGCUA